CCUCCGCGCGCAGGAGGUUUGUCCCGUCCCGGCCGCCGUCCGCUCCCCUCGCCCUCCCUCUCCCCGGGGCCGCCAUAUUGUGGCCGCCGCAGCUCGGAGGAGCCGCCGCCUGAGGAGCCGCGAUGGAAACCAUGGCGAGUCCUGCGAAGGAUAACUAUCGAAUGAAGAGUUACAAGAACAAAGCCCUAAAUCCCGAGGAAAUGCGUCGGAGGAGAGAAGAGGAAGGAAUUCAGCUGCGCAAACAGAAACGAGAGCAACAGCUCUUUAAAAGAAGAAAUGUGGAGCUGAUCAAUGAAGAUGCCUCCAUGUUCGAUAGUCUCCUUGUGGAUUCCUAUGUUAGUUCCACAACAUGUGGGGAGGGCGUGAUCACAAGAGAGAUGGUAGAGAUGCUUUUCUCCGAUGACCCCGAUCUCCAGCUAGCAACCACUCAGAAAUUCAGGAAGCUACUCUCCAAAGAGCCAAAUCCUCCAAUAGAUGAAGUGAUAAACACUCAGGGAGUGGUGGACAGAUUUGUUGAAUUCCUGAAAAGAAGUGAAAAUUGCACACUACAGUUUGAAGCAGCAUGGGCACUGACGAAUAUUGCAUCAGGAACUUCCCAACAAACAAAAAUAGUAAUUGAGGCUGGGGCAGUUCCUAUAUUUAUAGAGCUGUUAAACUCUGACUUUGAGGAUGUUCAAGAACAGGCUGUCUGGGCAUUGGGGAACAUUGCUGGAGACAGCUCUGUGUGUAGAGAUUAUGUCCUUAACUGCGCUAUUCUUCCUCCCUUAUUAAUGCUCCUUACAAAGUCCACCAGGUUGACAAUGACACGAAAUGCUGUCUGGGCCUUGUCAAACUUGUGCAGAGGAAAGAGUCCACCACCCGAAUUCGAUAAGGUAUCUCCCUGCCUGCCCGUCUUGUCCCGAUUAUUAUUCAACAGUGACUCUGACUUGCUGGCAGACGCGUGCUGGGCUCUUUCCUACUUAUCAGAUGGCCCCAAUGAGAAAAUUCAAGCAGUUAUUGACUCGGGAGUGUGUCGGCGACUGGUGGAGCUGUUAAUGCACAAUGACUACAAAGUGGCCUCCCCAGCUUUGCGAGCGGUCGGCAACAUUGUGACGGGGGACGACAUCCAGACCCAGGUGAUUCUGAACUGUUCAGCCUUGCCUUGUCUCCUUCAUUUACUAAGUAGUCCCAAGGAGUCGAUCAGGAAAGAAGCCUGUUGGACCAUCUCUAACAUCACAGCAGGAAACAGAGCACAAAUACAGGCAGUCAUAGAUGCAAACGUUUUCCCGGUACUGAUAGAAAUCCUGCAGAAAGCAGAGUUCCGCACGAGGAAAGAGGCAGCGUGGGCUAUUACGAAUGCAACGUCAGGAGGAACUCCCGAGCAGAUCAGGUACUUGGUGAACUUGGGUUGUAUCAAGCCUCUCUGUGACCUGCUGACCGUCAUGGACUCCAAGAUUGUCCAGGUGGCGUUGAACGGCCUGGAGAACAUCCUGAGGCUCGGGGAGCAGGAAGCCAACCAGAGCGGGACGGGCAUCAACCCCUACUGUAGCCUGAUCGAGGAGGCCUAUGGUUUGGAUAAAAUAGAGUUCCUACAGAGCCACGAGAACCAAGAGAUCUACCAGAAAGCCUUUGACCUGAUCGAGCACUAUUUUGGAGUAGAGGAUGACUCCGCUCUCGCUCCCCAGGUAGAUGAGAACCAGCAGCAAUUCAUCUUCCAGCAACCCGAAGCCCCCAUGGAAGGUUUCCAGCUAUAAUGUGCCUGGGGGGGUGUGUGUGGAAAGAAAAAACAACCAACCAACCCACCACAAACUUGCCGAAAAGCAACUGGGAGCAGCUUGAUGGUCCCAUCCCCUCCUCGCGAACGGAAGGCUGAACACCCACUCCGCCUUGUUAGGAAACGAUUCUUCCUUCAAACAACUAGAAAACAGUGCUUUGUCCUCGCGGAGAGAAGGGGGAGGUCCUUACACUUUAAUUUCCUUUUUUGCUGCUGCGUACAUGUCUUUAAAGCAGGCAUCUGGGUGGAGGAAGGACACUGAGGUAACAGAUUGCACCUCUUGGGUUUGGUUUUUUUUUUGGGGUGUUUUUUUUUUUUCCUUUGUGGUGAUCUCUCCCAACUGUCACUUCUUACCUCGGGUACCUAAUUGAGAUUUCAGCAUUGGGUUGGGUAAGAACACAAAUAGAAAGUAAGCGUUCUGACAACAAUAAUUCUGGAAACCUGGGUUGAUCUAUUUAAUUUUAUUUUUUUUUUUUUGCACAUGUUACUCUUUAUUAAAGACUCUAAUUUGCCAAGAGCAAAGUUUAGCCCUGGCCUUUCUGCGACCCUCCUUCAGCGGACAGUCCUGUUGAACCUGGGCCACGUUCCCCUGAAAUAUACUGUAAAUGGACAGAGAAACGGGAAGUUCUCCUGCUCCUGGGAAGAUUUUUCUGGGGGGGGGAAAGGCUUCUUCCCUUUGCCUAGAAUUUUUUGUUGUUGUUGUUCUUUGAAGAACUGCUAGUGGUAUUUACAAAGAGAGAGAAAAAAAAAAACCAAACAAAAAAAAAGCAACAAGACCCCAAAGAUGGUAACUCUGAAGAGGGCGGGCUGCUUGGGUGGUGUUUGGAAGAGGAAGCAGAGCUGCCCUUGCACAGGCUUCGUUUGCAUCGCUACUGACUGAAGGCAUGGAACUGUUGGGAAAAAAAAAUGGUGAAAACCCAUCUUCAUCUUUACUUGAAAUAUAUAUAUUUUUUUUUCGAUGAGAACGUGUUUUGACUCCUGAGGGUUGUUUGUUUUCUGCCUUGGCUUGGGGUGGGUCAGUGUUUGGGGUGGAGGAAGAGGCCGUAGCUCCGCCUGGCAGCGGUGUUGUGUGCGGUGUUAACUUCAGUAGCAACAGGCCUGAGUUUUCAGGUUUACCUCCUGCUCACAGUUGGAUCCAUGUACAUUUUACUUCCAAAAAAAAAAAAAUCAAAUCUCUGUAUUUUUUAUAUUAUAUAUAGCUAGAUAUUUGUCUAAUUGGGCUUCAGAGAAAAAAUAUAUAUGAAAUUUCUGUAAUUUAUGUAAAUAAAGCACUGUGAGGCAGGCACACCUGGAAACGAUGGCCCCAACUCACUCACUGGUUGUCCUGCUUCUUUUCCUCUGUUUACUCACGUACUGUAUAAGCGACCAUAGAGCUGUCUGAACUCGGAGCGGGGAGCAGAGUUCACGGAGCCAAGAUUGGCUUGGGUGGAACUUGCUGGGCUGUGGAGAAAGAAACCCACUGCUGGGCUGGGUGUGGGGAACCCGGGGUGGACAAGGGUGAGAAAGCAAGGCCUGGUGUGGCUCUGACUCCAUGAGUUCUUUCUUGUCAAACAAAUAAAUGACAUCUGUGCA